GACGUCGCGCAGGAGCUGGUCGAAGCCGGCGCCGACCCGACGGCUCGGUGCAAGGGGUGCUCCACUCUGCGGGCGGCGGCGGCGCGGGGCGACGCGAGAUGGUGGCGCUGCUGCUGGAGGCGGUGAGGGGAGGGCGAGGGGGAGAGGGAGAGGGGGGCGGCCUUUCGCUGGCCGGGUUUGUCAACCGGCGGGAGGGGGACGGCUGGAGCGUGCUCGGUCUGGCCGCGAGGCGACAUUGUCCGCGCAUUGCUCGACGCCGGUGCGGACCGCGCCGAGCCCGCCAACCCCGGAGGGAAGCUCGCCCUCGAGAUUGCGACGCUCAACAAGAGGGGCGCCGCAGCUGCGGUGCUGGAGGAGGCGGCGUGAGGGGCGGAGGCAUCGCCAGUGCAGCGGUGGAGAGGGAGGUGGAGAGGUGGGGAGGGAGAGGUGGAGAGGUGGAGGGGUGGAGAGGUCCCCGCCGCCAGGGGCCACGGCGUAUUGGCUCCCCGCCGCCGGCUGGCGCGACGCGGCAGCUGUGUGGGCACGCAUCCAGUCGACAAAGAUAUGAGAUAGCGGAGAGCCAGCCCACCUCUCGCACCGCGACCACGACCGCCCACUUCGGCGGGAUGUGGGGUGUGUGAGCGGGAGAUGUGGGUUGUGAGCGGGCCAGUUUGUAUGUGAGUGUGUAUGUGCGAGUCGACUGGUGUGUGUCGUCUCGUGCCUCUCGAGGUUUCGUAAUCGU